CUGUUGUAAAAUGUACUGUAUUGUAAGAUGGUCUAUUUUACCUUCGAGAUUGUCAAAAUUAUAUCACACAGAACUACGUAAUAGGAAAAACUAUUCAUUAUUUACGUUUUAUAUUAGGCCUCAGGGUAGCCAAUGAAAAUAUACUCUCGUGGCGCGCCUGCCAGGCACCGGACCGCUUGAUGGGGGGGAAAAAAGGAAACAGCAGUGCACUCUCUGCUGCGCGCUCCCGGCAGCGCGUCAGUCUUGCACUUUACCGUCCCGUCGAGUGAUCCCAAGCAGCCCGCAAGAUGACCAUCAACACCCUGGCUAAAGGAGGCUGGCACCGGGAGCAAAUGACAUGCUUUCGAAAGAUGGAGAGAGUGAUUGUGGCCAUGCAGGAUCCUGACAUGGGCAUGAAGAUGAGAAACCAGAGACUUCUCAUCACUGUCAUUCCACACGCAAUGACAGGCCGUGAUAUUAUUGAUUGGUUGAUCCAGAAAUACAGCAUAUGUGAGGAGGAGGCUCUGCACCUUGGUGACAUGCUGGUGAGAUACGGGUAUAUUUAUCCACUCAAGGAGCCGAGAUCCCUUAUGCUGCGUCCCGAUGAGUCGCCCUAUCGCUUCCAGACUCCUUACUUCUGGACCAGUACCCGAUGGCCUGCCUCAGAGCUGGACUAUGCGAUCUACUUGGCCAAAAAGAACAUAAGAAAGCAAGGAGAACUGAUGGAAUAUGAAAAGGAGAGGUACAGUGUGUUGCACAAAAGGAUCAACCACACCUGGGACUUUGUUGUGAUGCAAGCCAGAGAGCAACUCAGAGCAUCCAAACAGAGGCGAAAGGCUGACCGCAUUGUUCUAGAAUGUCAGGAGCAGGCUUAUUGGCUCAUCAACAGAUCUCCGCCUGGGGGGCAUAAUGUGCUGGACAUGGGUCUAGAGAGAAAUAAUAACCCCAACUUACGAGUCACACUGAACAGUGACUACUACAAAAGAGAGAUUGAAACCUGUAGAAGGGCCCUCGGAAGAAACCGUGUGAAGUCAUCCAUCUGUCUAGAAUGUUUUGUGAAAUACAGCGAGCAGUACCAGAGCCAUGAUCCCAUUAUGCAAGGCUGUCUUCCCAGUAACCCCUGGAUCUCUGAUGACACUGCCCAUUGGACAAUGAAUACAGAAUCGGUUCCUACUCCAACGCGUCUUCGAGUGGAGCGCUGGAGCUUCAGCUUCAUGGAGCUUCUCAAUGACACCUUGGGGAGGCGGGAGUUCAUGACCUACCUAGAGAAAGAAUUUAGUGCGGAGAACCUGUGUUUCUGGCUGGCCUGUGAGGAGAUUAGACAUGGAGAAAGUUCCAAGAUCGUAGAGAAAGUGGAGGAAAUCUACACAAAUUUCCUGGCUCCUGGAGCUGCACGCUGGGUGAACAUUGACAGCAAGACGAUGGAUAAGACUUUAGAGGGGAUCCAACACCCACAUCGCUUUGUCAUGGAUGACGCACAGAUGCACAUCUAUUUCCUCAUGAAGAAGGACUCUUACCCAAGAUAUCUGAAGUCUGACCUAUACAAGAACAUGCUGGCCAAAGCUAUUGUCCCCCAGGAAACCAAGAAAAGUGUGUUCCCCUUCAUGAGACGCCAGCGGCACUCUAGCCCUUCCCCUGCUCAGGCUGUCGUCCAGGCAACGGAGGAAGACGAGGGUGCCAAGGGGGCCGGGCAAGCAGGUACCAACUCUGCAGCCGGCUCCCAUGCCUGAUGCCGGGCCAAAAAAUCCCCUCAGUCUCCAUUGUCUCUUUUAGUCACCAUAGCAACCAUCCGAGGAGUUCUCCUCUGCCAUAAUGUCUGUCUGGAAGCCAGAGCUUCUCUCUCACCGUCGCGUCAUUAACAGAAUUCAACGCAGAGCUUUCUCCCAGAGCACAGGUGUUAAUGCAUACCGUAGCAGCAUCACACCUUAUUCCCAGAGCACGAGCAGAGAGGAGCUUUUAGUGCUACUGUAACAGCUACUGCUGAAUAUUCAUCCUGCAUCUACAUCCCAUCUCAGUCCAAAAAUUGCUUUGUUGUUCUUGAUACUGACUCUUUCUUUUCUCCCUUGAUCCAUCCAGACAGCUUUUAUAUACUCUACUAUUUUAAGCAGGUUUAGGCAAAACAGUUGAUAAUAGAGCAAUAGAGAUGUAAAAUAUGUAAUUAGUAGAAAUUUUGCCUCAGCAUGUUUGUGAUUAUUGUAGUUUGCUUGUUUUGUUCAUUCCAUGCUGGAGCUUGUCACUGUGAUUGUUGUUGCUGCUGUUGAUUUUGCUUGAGCAUGUUUUCAUCCCAAUAAAA